AGCGUUGUCCAGGACAUACGCCACGGCCGGAGUGACACCCCGGUGCAAAUACCGACACCCCGCGCGCACGAUGGGGACGACCAUAGGCUACGCGAUACGACGGGUAAACGUUUACGUGUCGACCCUGGCUAGGGCAUGCCUCGCGCUCGCGCUGUCGUCCCUGCUGAAACUUUUGUCCGUGGCGUCGCCGAGUUUGACCAAGAAAAUUAUUACCAGUAUGGGUGCGCGCUCAUCGAUGACGCAGAACCCCAGGUUCAGGUACGAGGACUGGGGACCCUCGUUCGUCACGCUCACGUUUUUAAAGACCGUGCUCGAGGACCUGUGGUGCGGUCUAGGGGAAGAGGCGUUCGAGGGCUACGGAGCCCCGGACUGCGCGCUCGUCACCAUGGGUGGGCGCACGAGCAGCGUGCAUCAGUUCCUCAGAGGUACCCGCCCGCUUGUCCUCAGUUUUGGAAGUUGCACCUGACCCCCGUUUCUGUAUAAGCUUGACGAGUUCAGACAGCUCGUGCGGGACUUCAGAGACGUGGCCGAUUUCCUCGUCGUCUAUAUUGCUGAAGCGCACGCUACAGACCGCUGGGCUUUUCACAACAACGUGGACAUCCGCGUGCACCGGAGCCUGCAGGAGAGACUGUCGGCGGCGCGGAUUCUGCUCAGCGAAGAGCCGCUCUGCCCCGUUGUGGUGGACCAAAUGACGGACGUUGCGAAGUCAAAGUACGGAGCCAAGCCUGAACGGCUCUACGUCAUUCAGAGCGGAAAGGUGACGUAUAAGGGUGGCAGGGGGCCAAGUGGGUACUGCCCCGGGGCGGUGCGGAAGGUUCUGCAGAAGAUGACAUAAGCCAAAGAGAAGGUGGCCAGAACUUGCAGCUGCGCUUAGAUGUGUGCGAGGAUCUGGAAACAUGUUUGACACCAAUAUUGGACACAGCAUC